AUGCCAAGCGCUGGUGAAGGCCCACGCGUCCUGCUGACAGGCGCCAAUGGCUUCGUCGCCUCUCAUAUCCUCUCCAUUCUGAUAGAUCGUGGAUACUCCGUCACCGCGACGGUGCGCUCUCAGAAAAAGGCAGAUGAUAUCAUCAAAACCCACCCGACUUGGAAGGGCAAGGUGGAAUUUGCGAUCGUCGCGGAUUUCACCAUCUCCGGACCUUUCGACAAUCUUUUCCAGAGCACAAAGGCGCCGUUCAACUACGUGAUCCAUACGGCAUCUCCAGUGACGUUCCAGGUGUCUGAUAUUCAGAAGGAGGUAAUCGAGCCCGCCGUGAAAGGAACUACUGAGAUUCUGCGGGCCGCCCACCACCACGGUGGCACCGUCUUGAAACGCUUUAUCCUGCUGGGAAGUGCCGUAUCCGUGCUCAACUCCUUCGAAGAUGAGUCUAGGGAAGGAAAGCCGUACACGGAGAAAGAUUGGAAUCCUGUGACGGCUGAGCAAGCCAUCGAGAGAAAGGAUACCGUUCUUGGAUACAACGUGUCCAAGACCCAAGCCGAGGCGGCUGCGUGGGAGUUCAUGAAACAGAAUUCCCCCUCCUACGACCUGGUCGUGAUAAACCCGGACAUCAUCACCGGCCCAAUGAUCCACCCGAUCGAGGGUCCCAAGUCUAUCAAUGAGACCAAUCAAUUUGCCAUCGCAAGCUUCAUUGACGGAACUUACAAGGAAAUUCAAGGGUUGACGUUCCCUUUUUACUUUUUUGAACACCCUAUCGAGCAACUCUGGCUAAUGCACUAUGCUCAGGUGGACGUGCGUGACGUGGCCCAGAGCCAUGUUGAUGCACUGGAGAAUCCCGCAGCAGCAAACCAGCGGAUUCUUCUCGUCUCGGGGCUCAUCACACCGCAAUUGGUGGUCAACAUCAUCCGCAAGAAUUUUCCUGCUCUCAAGAACCGAGUCCCGGAGGGAAACCCUUCCCAAAUCUUGCCCCCGGGGGUACAUCCGACGGGAUUCGACAUGCGCCACAGUCUGGCGAUCCUAGCUAACGGGAAAAAGGAUGGCAAGUGGGAGUACAUUGGUCUUGAAGCCAGUGUCACUGACGCUGUUGAGUCUAUGAUCCAAAGUCGUGUCAUUUAG